GUGGUUCCUUCCGGGAGGGUGUUCGGCGUGUGCUAGCCGUUUUGUAACGAGGUGCCGCUAAAUUUACGCCAGCGCGGUUAUUUCUUUCUCUUUCUGCGCCUUUGCACCAGUGCAGGAGAUGACGAAGGCAAAGGCAGGUGUGAUCUGCGCACUGCUGCUGGCGUCCGUGCUCGUGGCCCAGGCGGCUCGAGGCAGGAGGGAGCCGGGCAGCCCAAACAGCUUCCGCAGGGCCGCGAGCGGCGCGUACCAGACCCUCUGCAGCGCGUUCGGAGAGGACAACAUCAGGAGCGCGUACAAGUUCUUGUCCAAGACCACUGAGAGGUUCGUACAUGGUGUGGAUUCUUUCCUGGACACAGUGUGGAAGGUGUGGACAGAUCUAUUGGAUGUGAUGGGGAUUGAUGCCUCUAACCUGACACAUUACUUUAGCCCAGCCUCCGUUUCCAGCUCUCCUGCCCGUGCGCUCCUGCUGGUGGCGGCUGUGCUGGUGGCAUAUUGGUUCCUCUCCUUGUUUCUGGGGGGGUUCUUUUACCUGCUGCACGCCGUGUUUGGACGGUUCUUCUGGCUGGCCCGGGUGGUCUUGUUCGCCCUGUCCUGCCUCUAUAUCCUUCAGAAGUUCGAGGGCGACCCGGAGAAGGCCGUCUUGCCACUGUGUUUCAUCAUGGCUGUGUACUUCAUGACUGGGCCAGUGGGGGCGCAUUGGCGCAGGGGAGCCUGUCCCAGUACACUGGAGGAGAAGAUCGACCACCUCGACACCCAGAUCCGUCUGCUCAACAUUCGCCUCAGCAGAGUGAUUGACAACCUUGAGCGCUCCAGCGACCAAUGAGGGAGCAGGGGUUGACCCUGGGGUGGGGCUUGGGGUUUAGGGUGGGGUCAGAGCUGGAAAUUUAUUUAAUAUGGAAUGAGGCAGACAUAUUGAGAAACGCUCUUUUAGGGUGAAGAGAAAUGAAAUGUGUAUUUUAGUCCCUUAUUUUUGGCAUCCCUGUCCUCGGGACGUCCUCUCUGGAUGUCCUUGUAUUGAUACUGCAGCUAAUAUAGAGAUACGUGCUGUUAUAAUCCAAAAGAAAUAAUUUAUAAGCAGUGGUGAGGAACAGUUUCUCAUUCCCUUUUUAUAAAAUAAGUUACAGAAACCUUUGUUGUAAACAGUUUUAGCAAGCUUGUCAGGACUGUGGGUUUUAAAUUCCGUUAAAUGCUCAUGAUAGCAGGUAGUUGACCACUCAUGGAGUACAGUGUGCGGUCAGUGGCGUUAGUUUUGUUUAACUAGGACAAUUCCGUUGUAGAGCAAUAGAUCUGGUAAACAUGACGUCCGUUUUGUUUGUUGGUAUAUUGGUGUACCUGCGUAGGUGUGGAGGUGGUGAGUUUGCUCACCACAGUCUCAUUUCGUUUUCUUUCUAGUUGGUCCUUGACAUUUCUACCCUGAAGCUGAAGUUCAUGUUCAUGGUAAAGAUGGCCCACUGUUAACUGGUAUGGAAAUACUCAGGGAUCUUGAUGGAGAACCACCUUCCAUCCAUUUGCUACUAUAUUAGUUUCCCUUCACGCACGCUGAUCUUUGACACUGCGUUUAAAAGAGCUCCCCACACACGGCACUUGUCGGAGAUGCUUCUCGCUGUGUGGAGGCCACAGUGUCUGUCUCCUGUUCCUGCCACAAACCGCUGCGCCUGUCGUGGCGCGAGUCGUCUUUCUGGUCGGCUGUGUGGGUGGAACAGAUUCAGCAAGUUUAGUUUUAUUCUCUGUCUUCCUCCUGUGUCCAUGGUGUUAUUACAUGUGUUUCUGUGAUUAAAGGUCCGUAUUCAAAUGGGAACUGCUGAUGAGGGACGUCUUAUGGGUUAUUCAUGUUUGGUCUUCAGAUGCUGAACUUGUGUGUGUGUGUGUGUGUGUGUGUGUGUGUGUGUGCAUCACAGAAUGAAUGUUUGUGAUAAAUCCCUUGGAAACCUUUAUUCUUAAAAACCACUCCUGUAUCACAGGCUGUCCUGUGUGUGUAUGGGUCAGUUUUCAUCCAUCUGUACAGUCAUAUAUGUCUGGCAGUUGGAGGUAAAACCUGAUCUCCGAUCAGUGCUCUUUGUGCUUAAAUGAACACUCCCUGUCUUGCUUACACACGAAGCUCAGUGAUUUGUUCAUUUUUUUUGUGCUAAAGUUCUAAACUUCUAAUUGUUGCCAAUAAUAUUAGCUUUUAUUCUUUAUUCAGCAUAUUGCUUGUUGAAAAGGUAAAAUCACUGUAGUUUUUCCAAAGCGAUAUAUGAAGUAUGCAGAGUGAAUAUUUUUUGUUGUUGUAUUGUAGACUAAUAUUUUGAUCUCAGUAUGUUGGUUAUAGCUUUUUGCUCAUCUUACUGGGUUCGUACAAGCUCGUCUAAUUGUUGAAUUGUUUUAUUAUAUUUAUUUAUAUACUAUUUUUGUAUUCAAUUUUAUUUUUUGCGAUAACUCCCUGAUUUCACUGGGCAGUCUAGUGUGUAUUAAAGUACAGUGUCCUUGUGUGCCAUGCAGUGAAUUUCACUUCUAUGUUUGAUAUGAAAUAGUGUUUGACAUAAUUGGUGUUUAACUUAUUGGACUGAAGGGAUUUUUUUUUUUGUGGUUUGUGUGUAGGAGUGUGUGUGUGUGUGUGUGUGUGUGUGUGUGUGUGUGUGUGGGAGAGAGUGUGAUAACGGGAAAAUAUUUAGGAGGCGUCUUCACAGUUGUUCUCACCAGGCAUCUCUGACACAGUAUUUGAUGUUUUGGUAAAUUACUUUUGAAGCAGGAUUUCCAUGCUCAUACCUUCACAGUCCUGUGUGUCAGUCUUAGAGAGGCAGCGAGGGUGGGGUGUGUGUGGGGGGCAACUGCCUUCACUGAUCCAGCAAUAAGUGUCAUCCAGCAAAACUUCAGUCCAGCUCAACACUCUUUAUAAAUGAAACGUUACAUGUGACUGUGUGCAUGAAACCGCACACAGCUGGUCUGGAGCUGCAGGUGUAAUCCUGUGGUCCACCAGCAGGUUCUACAGGUCCUGUGUGUUUUUCUCAGAGAAAAAAAAAAAUCCAUUUUCUAUGAUUCUUCUGGUUGAAUAUUACCAUGACACACCAAGUGUCUCUCAACGUUUUCAGUAUUUCCUGUUCAUUAUAUAUUGAAGUAAGCUUCUUGGGUGAGUGUUGAAACCAGAAGAGGACUACAGGACUUGGUUAAUGGAGCUCAUGGUACCUGCCCUCUACCAUGGCGGUGUCGUCUCUAACGGAUAUGUUAAGUUUUCUGGGAAACGCUGAAUCUUUGUGAAGUUGAAAACAUCUGGUAUUUCUGUUGCUGUAACUGCGCACACUGAUUCUACAUAAGUAUUUGUUUUGUACUGUAUUUAUAUUAUAAUUGUAUGCGUUUUGUUUGAGGUCUUUACUGUUAAACCUGUUCAUGGGCUUGUGUGGUGUACGGAUCACAUGUUCUGGAAUCGAAUGAAAUGAUCCCAGACAAACCGAUCCCAGGCUGAUGAAUUAAAUGAUCCCAAACAAACCAG